AGGCGGCGGCGGCGCAAGCCGGUCGGGAACAGGAACAGUUUGGGCAGCAGCAGUGCAGAUUUCCUCAUACUGCCUGCCAACAUGCCUCAGAUCUGACCAGGAAGGGGCCACCUAGAAGGAUGCUUUGCAUUUUUAAAAAUGACCUUUCAUUAAAGAGCAUAAGAAUAAGUCACCUUACUGUAAAAAAUCAAGACUACAAAACUAGUCUAACUGAUGAAGAAACAAAACCUACACCAUAUGUUGUACAAUGGGUACUACAAAUGAUGAGAUGGUUUCAGUAGAGCAGACUUCCUCCUUGAACCCUCUAUGUUUUGAAUGUGGCCAGCAACAUUGGACAAGGGAGAAUCAUUUGUACAACUAUCAGAAUGAAGUGGAUGAUGACUUGGUCUGCCAUAUUUGCCUUCAGCCUUUGUUGCAGCCAUUAGACACCCCUUGUGGACACACGUUCUGCUACAAGUGCCUAAGGAACUUUUUGCAGGAGAAGGAUUUCUGUCCAUUGGAUCGAAAAAAGCUUCAUUUUAAACUCUGCAAAAAAUCCAGUAUUCUCGUACAUAAACUGUUAGACAAAUUGUUUGUUUUGUGUCCCUUUUCUUCAGUAUGUCAGGAGGUAAUGCAACGAUGUGAGCUGGAAGCACAUCUCAAAAACAGGUGUACUGGAGCUUCCCAUCGAAGGGUUGUACUGGAGAAAAGGAAGUCUAGCAAGCUGCAGACAGAAGCUGAGAAUGAAAAUGGGCCUAAUCUGAUAGAUCACCCAGGCACUUUAUCUCCAGAUACAGACCAUGCUGGGACGGGACCAGUGCCAGUGGAUCAGAACUUUACACCAACUACUCUUCCUGCAUGGACAGAUGAGCCUGGCCUUGACAACCCUGCCUUUGAAGAGAGCACAAUAGCAGACACAACCCACCAGCCACCUACCUUGCCCGAAGGAGAAAUCACUACAAUUGAAAUUCACCGGUCCAAUCCUUAUAUUGAGUUAGGAAUUAGCAUAGUGGGUGGCAAUGAAACUCCUUUGAUCAACAUUGUUAUUCAAGAGGUUUAUCGAGAUGGGAUCAUUGCCAGAGAUGGAAGACUCCUUGCUGGAGACCAAAUACUUCAAGUCAAUAACUUUGACAUCAGCAACGUGUCCCAUAACCAUGCUCGAGCGGUUCUUUCCCAGCCCUGCAUGGUGCUGCAUCUCACGGUGCUCCGAGAGAGACGAUUUGGAAGCCGGACACACAACCAUGCUGACAGCACUUCGCUGCGAGAAGACAGCUUUCAGGUGACGCUGCAUAAACGAGACUCCAGUGAACAGCUUGGCAUUAAAUUAGUGCGCAGAACAGAUGAGCCAGGAGUUUUUAUCCUCGACCUUUUGGAAGGGGGAUUGGCUGCUCAAGAUGGCAGACUCUGCAGCAAUGACCGGGUACUCGCAAUCAACGGACAUGACCUGAAACAUGGGACACCAGAACUUGCUGCUCAGAUUAUCCAGGCUAGCGGGGAAAGGGUGAAUUUAACAAUCUCCAGACCAGUGAAAUCGCAGACAGUCGCUAUUCUCCGAGAAGCAGGGACUCAUAACAGCAGCCAGCACCAGGCGCAGCAGCUAUUCCACAGCAGACACAGUUCGCAUAAGAUUCUUUCCCAGUGUAUUGCAUGCCAAGAAAAGCACAUUACUGUGAAAAAAGAACCACAUGAAUCCCUUGGAAUGACAGUGGCAGGAGGUAGAGGCAGCAAAAGUGGUGAACUGCCAAUUUUUGUUACUAGCGUGCAACCUCAUGGCUGUCUUGCAAGAGAUGGCAGGAUCAAACGAGGUGAUGUGUUGCUGAAUAUUAAUGGCAUUGACCUGACCAAUCUAAGUCAUAGUGAGGCAGUGGCUAUGCUCAAAGCCAGUGCUACCUCUUCAGUGGUGGCACUCAAAACAUUGGAGGUUCAGAUUGUUGAAGAACAAACCCAGACUAAUGAGGAACAACCAAGCACAAUCAGCGAAAAUGAAUAUGAUGCUAGCUGGUCGCCCUCAUGGGUCAUGUGGCUGGGGCUUCCCAGCGGCCUACAUAGCUGCCAUGAUGUAGUGCUACGGAGGAGCAAUUUAGGAAGUUGGGGCUUUAGCAUCGUUGGUGGAUAUGAGGAGAAUCACACAAACCAGCCUUUCUUCAUUAAAACGAUUGUUCUUGGAACUCCAGCAUACUUUGACGGAAGGUUAAAGUGUGGUGACAUGAUUGUCGCUGUAAAUGGACUAUCCACAGUGGGCAUGAGCCAUUCCUCACUAGUUCCUAUGCUGAAGGAGCAGAGGAACAAAGUAACUUUGACUGUUGUUUGCUGGCCUGGAAGCCUCAUAUAGAUUUGUAAAACCGCUUUGGUUCAAGCAGAUGAUUUUCUACGUGGCUGGUAUAAAGCCUCCAUUUUUUUUCUACUGAUACAGCUGGUAAUAAGCAGGGCCAAAAACUGCUACAUUCAUUUUUUUAAAGGGGGGGAUUCUCAACCUCUUUACUGUACGUAUGUUGCCAUCUUGAAACAGCCAUAUCUACCGAAUUUGUUGUGCUCAUUGUUUAAGAGCUGGCACAUGCACGUUAAGAUGUUAUUGUCAUUAAGCCUUCCCAGACAGUAAUAGUCUGACAGUCAGCAGAAGAAUUCUGUGGUAUUUCUAGUUUCUCUUAAUAUUUUUCCAAAUUGAAAUGUAAAAUGGUAAGCUAUGUACUCUCUCCUCCUUGAGAGAAGGUUCAUGUCAGUAAUGCAAUUAAAGUUCUACUCGUUGCUGCCGUGAAUCAAAAUUGGUAUAAAAAGGAAUGCAUUUUUCAUUUUUUGUAAAUAUUUUCAUUUUGUUCCAGUAUGUUAAAACCAUUCAAGGAUCUGUCUUACUCAUAAGAAAGUGUUUGGUCCCAUGGUUUUUGUUGCAGGUCAUCAGUGUUCACAAAAGAGUAGGACAAAAGCCUGAUAUUACUGGAAUUUUUAUAAAGUGCAAUAAUCGGACUCUUUGCUAGAAAACGAUUUAAUAUAUUACAAAGUUUGUAUCCUAUAAUGCAAAGGAAUAUGGAAGUAAUCAGUCAGAAUGCUGGCAACAAUAAAUAUGCCUGGGUCACCUUUGAUCGAACGGCCUGCUGUAUUAGAGUUUACUUUCCAAAUGAAUGUUUUGCUAUGUCAGAAAAUUUUGAUGAACAUUUUUACUAAAACCAUUUUUACAGUUUAUAUUGUGAUUGUCAGUAGCUCUUUUUAUUCUUAUGUAGAAACAUUAUUGUGACUCAACCUGUAAAUCAGAGAGGUAUUUAAAAUAAAAAAGAAGAAAGCUGUUUAUGACAGUGUACAUUACCGUUUAAAAGUAAGGAGGCUGGACUCCAAGUGCAAAGGGAGCUGCAAAGUUUUACUUAUUCUAUUACUUGCUGACAAUGCCUUCGUAUAAAAUGUUGAAAAGAUCUGUCUUGUAUUUGAGAAAUCAUUUUUCUUUGGCAAACACUUGCCACUCGAUUGUUGACAACUAUAAUAUUUUCUAACUUUUAAUUAUGUUUAGCAUUUUUAAAGCAAACCUAUCACUUGCAGGUUUUGCUUUGUCCAUAACGUUUGCAGGAUAAGCGUCCUUUUGUAAAAGAACACCAACUAAUGUGCUGAUCUGGAGCAAAAUCUGUACAUUGUUAAUGUUCUGCAUACUUGAAAAAGCGUUCCAUUUAGAAACCAAGUUCAGAAUCUGAACUAAUUUAUGAAUGACCUCUCUGUUGUAAUAAUGAUGGUAUUAAUUAUCAGCGAAUGUAUUUCAUAAUCACUGCAUAUUUCAAUUGUGAAGCAUGAACUUUAUUUUCAGACUUAGCAGCUAUACUAUUGGGGCAUAUUAUCGCAUGUCACUGAUUCCAGUAGCUUUGUUUAAAAAAUAAAGCUACCAUCUCUUGCAAAAAAUGUAAAAGCUCUUAUGAAUGAAGUAGUUUUAUUCCUCUCUGUGGUGUCUGAUGUUUGUUUGCUUUCACACUAUCAGGACACAAAUCAAUCGCCCAUGCAGUAUAUUACUGUAUAGAAAAUAUUUGUUUUUGAAGCAGUCAGAGGCUACAUUUCUUUGAUAUCCCUAGCUGAGAUGAGAACAAGUUUCCUCCCAUCCAAAAAUAGUUUAACUGUAUAUUUUGUUUUUAAUGCAAAGUUUUGCCAACUACGUCUUUGCAUAGCAUUUACAAAAUAUAGUGACCGGUGUGUUGGAUUUAAAAUAUUUCAUUUGAAGUGACAUCAUACUCAAAAUCUGAGCAAAAAUCAAACUUUUGCCCUUUUUUUCUCUUGUAUCAUGAAAGCAUGGUUAAGCUUAAGUUGUGCUAUAUAUUUUGUUCCACUGGGCAAUAGCUUUUGAUCACAAUGUCUUGUGACAGAAACUUGUUCUGAAGGGGCUCCCUCUCUUAAACUAAUGUGUUUUUUUGGG